AUGUACGAAAUGACUCCCAGCAGAAAAAAAGAGAGAAUCACAUCGUCGGCAGUCGUCAAGCCGGCACAACACUUCACAACUGCCAGUCGACCGAUGGAUGACCCAAUUGUCCCACCACUUUUCCCCCGUGACGUGGCACUCCACCACCAAACGUACCAAACAUUGUCGCACUGGGAACCAGACCAUUCUUUCUUUUAUACACACGCCGGCGGUUCGGAGGGAGAUCUGGAAAAUACGGCAGGCUUGCAGUUUACCGGCGUAGGAGGCGGCGGGCGAGCGAUGGAGGGAAAGAAGCGAAGGAUGCAGAGAAGGGAUCAGGCGAGGGAUAGGGGGAAAGCGAAGAGGUCACUCUACCUUUUUAUUUGA